UUAUGAAUUUAUGAUUGCAAUUGCUACCAUGUUAUUGUGGUUUGCCAUCUACAUCUUUAUCGUUUGCUAAUUUUGAUGUUGUUGUCAUAUAUAAUACAAUACAAACAACAAUAUACAAAUCUACCUAUUUCAAAUAUUCACCUACAGCUAAAAACACAGAAACAUGGGUCUUUAUAGAUUAUUUAGCUAUAACGUGGAAGUUCAAUAUAAAAGUUACUUUUUUUCCAAAGCCAUGCUCUUUGCUCUUACAACAUCUGUAUUGAAUAUCAUUUUACCCUUAAUAUUUGCUUAUAGAAGCAGAGGUUUCUGGUUGAAGACUCAUCAUUUUUAUGAGCAACCCAUGGUUAAAUCAACCUAUGAUUAUGUGCUCAUUGCAGAAACAGAGGAUCCCAGUAUAUCAAUUGUGUGUGGAAAUGGUAAUAUAAUGCACUUCGAUGAACUCUGUUCAGAAGUUCAGAUACAGGAAUUUGAUAACAAUAAGGAUACAAUAAAUGAUAUAAUAAGCUUUAAGUUGAAACUAAAUGUACCUGAGAACCAUACCAUAAUGUCUGUUAUUUUAAUAUUAGCUCUUGAUUUUCAUUUAUUGACUGUGUGUCCCUUGCAAAUGCAAGCAUUAGGUGUUAUUAAUAAAGAAUUCAGCAUUCCAGCAUCAGGAGUUAAAUAUCAUGGAAAUCUCGAAUUUUAUCAAACAUCACACCUUCCCUGUUUAAGAUAUCACAUAGACACAUCCUACAAUACAUCUCUUCUUAAUAGCAUAGACAAAAAUCAAGAUAUAACAAUUGAUUUCAUUCUGGAAAGUUAUUUUACAAGAGAAGUUUUAACACAAAUGAACCCCAUGUUUGUCAGAAGUAAGCAUGGUCAUACCGGAAUAUUGGACUUUGAAUUGUUUUUAAAAAUACCAGAAGUAAAAGUUCUCUAUAUUCCUAGCUUAUUGCAAGAACUUAAGUGGGCAUGGCCUCAAUAUCUCUCAUUGAUUAUGGCGAGGAAUGAAAAGAACAUUAAAUUACAUUGUGUAGAAGUGAAGUCCUUAGCGUAAAAAUAAAAUCAUAGAAACCAUGGAUUGGAUAAUAUCUGAUGAGUUAGGU